AUGGACCCGCUGCUGGCCAGGGCUGAGCCCAUCAGCAACAGCCAUAACGUCUUUAGGAUCACAGAGGCCUUGUUAAAGGAAAGAGAUAAACAAGCAAAAUGGAAUGGGAUUCCCUUGCUGUUGCAAAAGCUAUAUGAACAUAGCCACCCAAACAGUGAUUUCUCCCAGUGCCAAAGCAUCUUAAAGGAAAUAUCUCCACUUCUUUCAAUGGAAGCCAUGGCAUUUGUUACAGAAGAUAGAAAAGGUGCUCAAGAGUUCACUUUCCCAAAUACAUACACGUUUGACUUAUUUGGAGGAGUCAAUCUUAUAGUAGAAAUUCUCAUGAGACCAACUCUUAUUACACAGAAAAAGAAACAGAAAAUAAGUGAUGACCUCAUCAAGGACUGUUUAAGCAUACUGUACAACACCUGUAUAUGUACGGAAGGAGUCACAAGGCGAUUGGCAGAAAGAAACGACUUUGUGUUGUUCCUGUUUACACUGAUGACAAACAAAAAGACAUUCCUACAAACUGCAACGCUCAUUGAAGAUAUCCUGGGAGUUAAAAAGGAAAUGAUACAACUGGAUGAUAUCCCCAAUCUUGCGAGCCUGGUGUCCAGUUUUGAUCAGCAGCAGCUUGCGAACUUCUGCAGGAUCCUUGCUGUCACAAUUUCCGAACUUGACACAGGGAGUGAUGACAAGCACACGCUUCUCGCCAAAAAUGCCCAGCAGAAAAAAAACUUGGGUCCUUCUCAAGCUGAAAUUAAUCAAGCAACACUGUUGAAUAUUCCAGGCUUCAUUGAGCGAUUGUGCAAACUGGCAACACGGAAGGUGUCGGAAACAACAGGUACUUCCAGCUUCCUCCAGGAGUUGGAAGAAUGGUACACCUGGCUGGACAAUGCACUAGUACUUGAUGCACUGAUGAGAGUGGCAAAUGAAGAGGCGGAGCAGAGCAGUACAG